AUGGACGUUUGCAGCGAUGAAUCAGUCACGAAGGCCGUGCAAGAAGUGAUGGAGAUUGAAGGCAAAAUUGAUGUGUUGUGUGAGUAUAAUAUAUAGUUCUGAUACUUUGACACUGACUUCCGACUAGAACAAAGCGAUUUUUAGAUAAUGAGCUGUUGAUUUUUUGAGUAGCUCACUGAUUCGUGUCAUUUCAUAUGUUCAUACCUUAUUAAAGUUUUUAGAAUACUCAUUGGAUAAUAAAUGAAAAAGUUAUCCUCUCGUCGCAGCUUAAUUACACCACGCUCAUAAUUCAAAGCGUUUCUAAAGGACUGCACAAGUCCUUGUCUUUUCAUUAUGCCGUGAAGUGUCUGUUGCACCAAUUAACAAAUUUAAAUUACUUCUAAGUGAAUAAAACAACAAAACUUGUUUAUCACUUCACCAGUCCUUGACCAAUAAAUGAGUUCGGAAGAUGUUGGCAGGGGUUCAGUUUCUAUAGGUUAUACCUAUAGAUCGAAGUGCAAAGCAACGGAAUCUGAAGAAAACAUUUCGUAGAAGUCAAAUCCGCAGACGAUUUAUAAACAAAAACAGCGCCCCCAUUUAACAUAACAAAAAGAAUCUACAUCACGCGAAUUUGACGCUUUCAUUAUGACGCUUUCAUUAGUUUUUCUUAAACCUUAAACCCUUGACAUCAACAAGCAUAUUUUCCAUACUGCACUUUGACUUCAUUUGUUUUUAAUAAGCAUAGUACAGUAACUGAUAAGGAGAACUAGAUUAAAGACUUUUUUCUCGUUGUAAGUAAUAAAGGAUUCCCAUGAUAUUGAUGUUCUGGAGACGAGCUUGAGUGAUGUAAGUUAUAAAAAGAGUUAGCCAUAUUCUCAUCACUGUGCCAAAGCUGUACGUGAAUACUGUGAGUAAAAAAAUGUAAUUUUUUCCCCUACCCCCAGGCCUUGAUGUUGAGUUUCAAUAACUGCUACAUGUAUUCUUUCUUGUAACAGUUAACAAUGCUGGCAUGGCUUUGACAUCCGUACUGGAAUGCACCCCUAUGAAAAUGGCGAAAGACCUGUAUGAAGUCAACUUCUUUGGUGCUCUAAGGCUCAUCCAAGCUGUGCUGCCAGGCAUGAAAUCGAAGCAGGCUGGACACAUAAUCAACAACAGCAGCCACUACGGUUUUGUUGGGCUGCCUUUCAAUGAGCUAUAUUGUUCUUCAAAGUUUGCCAUUGAGGGACUUACUGAAGCUCUAGCCCGACUGCUACUUCACUUUAAUAUCAGGUAGGGGACUAGCGAAACGUUAAAGCUUCCACGUAUUAAUCCAUCUAUCCCGCAUCGAUCGAUCCAUCCAUCCAUCCGUCAAUCAAUUAUUCAAACAAUCAGUGAAUCAAUCCAUCCAUCCAUCAAUCAAUCAUUGAAUCUACUGAUCAAUAUCACAUUUUAGAGUAUUUUGCCCUAAAAAGGAACCUCCCCUCCGCAUGCGUACACAUCCGAUUAAUAAGAUAUGCAAAAAGAAAGUCACAUUAAACGUCAAAACUGUCAUUUUCUAGUCAAAAUAUUUUUCUCCCUUGAUACUGAAAGGGGUCAUGAGGACCCCGAAACGUCGUGUUAUAAUUCUCAAACCUUUUUCUGGACAGGUUUUUAUAACGAAAGUGUCGUUCUAGAUUCCCGCCAAAAUCGAUCUAAAACUAGAAUAAACUGGUAAUUUAUGCAUAAAAACGCUCAGCUAGACACGCCCUAGGGUUAUGGGCCCAAGUAGUCACCAAAUUUAUUUAAUUCGUGCCUAACGAAUAGGUGAGAAGUUAAUACAGAGAAGUAACUCCAGCUCACAAUUGACUUGAAAUAUUUAAUCGUAGAAAUGUGAAAAUAGUUUGACCAUUUAACAUCAUUAUUGUCAUCAUUAUUAUUAAAGGUGUUCGUUGCUCGAACCAGGCCUCGUGGGGACUGCAGUGAUGGACAGUAUGGGGGCCUGGGUCAAGAACUACGACGUGAAACCCGCUGACCAGAAGAGCAUGGAGCUACAGAAGACGCUCAGAGGCAGUAUGGAGUAG